AUGACGCUGGCUGCAUUAGAGAGGCAGAUCUUUGACUUUCUUGGCUUCCAGUGGGCUCCUAUUCUUGGCAAUUUUCUACAAAUAAUAAUUGUCAUAUUGGGUUUGUUUGGAACCAUCCAGUUUAGGCCUCGAUACAUAGUUGUGUACACGGUGUGGACUGCCCUCUGGGUCACCUGGAAUGUUUUCAUUAUCUGCUUCUAUUUGGAAGUAGGCGGGCUUUCUAAGGAAACUGAUCUCAUGACCUUUAACAUUUCAAUGCACCGUUCCUGGUGGCGAGAGCAUGGGCCAGGCUGCAUACGGAGAGUGGUGCGCCCUUCAGCCCCUGGGAUCCUAGACGAUUAUUCCUAUGUCUCUGUGACAGGCUGCAUCAUUGACUUCCAGUAUCUCGAGGUCAUUCACAGCGCCAUCCAAAUAUUACUGUCUUUGAUUGGUUUUGUGUAUGCCUGUUACGUGAUCAGUGUUUUCAUGGAAGAAGAGGACAGCUUUGAUUUCAUAGGUGGACUUGACACAUACUGCUAUCGGCAACCCCCCCUGGAACAUGUUGAGCUAAAGCCUGUAAAGCCUGUAAGUAAGGUUGCAGUCAUACGGACAAUGUUAAUCCUUCUAACUGGACUGAAAACUACUCUGCUGCUCAAAUAG